ACAUUAGAAGAAGAUGAUGACGAGGUCGAUUAGAAGACGAAUUGGCAGGCGUACCUGUUUUUUGUUUUAAAUCCGAAGAAAUAAGUGCCUUAGAAGUAUUAGGCGUGGCAUUUGUAUGUAAAUUUAAGGUCGUUGAUUUGACUUGUUGUCUGAGCGAACGAACGUUUAAAAUUUUCCCCCAACAGGACAUUUUGUAACCUGCAUAACAGAUUCCAAUAUAUGUUUUCUUUUGAAACCAUCGAUACUUACAAUCAUUAAUUACUCCUUUCAUGGAUUUGCUUAUUUAUAUUACUAAUUAUAAAAAGGGAUUCCCACAUUGAACUGAACUACCCUAAGCCUACAUUCAAAAUCAAAUUAAAACUGUUUCCAAAUACCCCUCCCUGAUGUCCAAUCCUAUGCCAUUCCGACAGCAACCGUUAGCACCAUCUAAGUGCGUUUCUCGUCGACCUGCACAUUUCACGAGCGUCUUCCGAGUGACAGUUUCUACCCGGACUUCAUUUGACUGAAAACAACCGACGAGGCACAUGCAGAGGAGAUUGAUGGUGACUCGAAGAAACGCGUGUGGUCAAGUACGCCACUGUGCUUCCUGUGCGGCUGCCGGUUCCAGUUUGGAAGAUAGUCUCGAUCGAUUUGUGUUUCACCGGGGUAGCAGUGUUUUUGACCGAGGACCAACUUUAAGAAAAAAAGUCCGGUCUACCAGUUCAGUUUGUGGAAGUGCCUCGAAGGCCAGAAGAAAAGCGUGUGGUCACUUACAAAACAGUGGAUCCCGUUACGCUGUCGGUUCCAGUUUGGACGGUUACCUAGGAAGAUCCCCACCAGUGCGGCGAUUUAUCGAAGAACGCCGUCGAAAAAAAUUUGUUCUGGAUCAGGUCCGUCGUCUAGUGAGUGCCAUCGACCGCCAUAUUGGAGCGAACAAUCACACACGAGGAUAUUCCGACGUCAUCUCGAUGUUCGUUGGUCCCGGUGUGUCGCUCUUGUGGACAUACCAGAAAGACGGAGAAACAAUCAUACGUGUCGAUAUUCCGGUGAGAUUGUAAAGAUCAAUCGGUCCACGUGUGCCAUCUGUCGUAGGAAGAUGACGAGACUGCCACGAGGUUCAGCUACGGUUUGACAUUCCCACCAUUUAAAUCCCUAACCAACUCAACAUAAAUAUGAAUAAACUCCCAUCUAUCAUGUGAA